GAAAAUAGGAGGAAAAGAGAGAACAGAGAUAGGAAAGUGAGAGGAAAUCGACAACAUGGCACCCAUCACCACGGCAUCCAACGAUGAGACUCACGCCGCGCUGCUCGACACGCUCGACAUGCACAAAAUCCACAAACCCUUCCGCAAUCCCAACUGGAAACCUCCGCAACGUCGCAAUAAGAACCUGAAGCAGAUUCUGUCCGAGGCGCAGCGCCAACAGCAAAGUCUCAUCAACACUCAGCAGAACUCGGGCGCGAGCACCCCCCAUCCCACCAGCGAGAACGCCGACACGACACCCUCCCUCAACCCCAACGCGGAGAAGGCCAGUCAGGACCUGAGCAGACUGGUUCUUGAGAAGAAUGCAAAGCAGAACAACGGUGCGCCGCCGACGGCUGGUCUGGGGAUUCCCAGCGUCACCUACACCAGCAUUGCUGCUGCGCCCAGUCUGAAGCCCAAGAAGAAGUACUGCGAUGUGACCGGUCUGCCGGCCAAGUAUAAAGACCCCAAGUCAGGCCUGUACUACUACAAUGCCGAGAUCUAUGCGGUCGUGCGAAGCCUGAAUACCACACAGGUGCAGGACUAUCUGGCUGCCCGCGGUGCAAAUACCGUGCUCAAGUGAUGGAAAUGCCGUGGAUCCAAAGGUGGGAAGCACUACUUUGGUCUGGCUGAGAAUACAUUACCUCCUAUGAUAAUGCCUGGACACAUGACUAAAACACCCUGCACUGUUUCGGUGGCCACUGACGAUCGUGGUUUCAUGAAAGUGGAAUUUUGGGCCUGGAAAAAGGCAGGUACGAAGGGACGACAUCGCGCCAUUCAAAGGGCCCAUCAAACAAACUUUGGACCGAGACUGCGCCGGACGUAUUCCACGCGGCUCUUCCCUAGCUGGCAUGAAUCGCCAUGUCCGCGAUAAUACCUGUGCAGAGCCUGUAACUGCCACUACAGCCUCAACUGCAUCCCAUGGCUGCAUUCGCGUCGGACUUUUUGCAAUGCCUUUCUGCGCUCUGCUCCUCGCUCUUCACCGCCAUCCCGACUCUUCCACUUCUCUACCACUAACCCUACCAAUUUAUACUUGAGCAUCACUCCUUCAAGCAGACGUGCCGGGACAGCUGGACUGAUCGACACCUCUGCUUGCCACUUCCUCCCUACAACCCACCUGCAAACACCAUCUUUUCACCAUGCAUCAGAAUGCUUCGACAACCGUAUUCAUGAUUCCGGAACUGGCAGAGUCCAUCCUGUUCCAGCUCGGGCAAUCGACGGCCUGGAAACAACUCUUCGUCCUCCAGCGAGUCAACAGCACCCUCCAUGCCAUCAUCAAAACCUCGCCCGAUCUACGAAGGGCCAUGCAUCUCGAACCCCCAGACGCUAGACGCGCUUCUGUCACUAAGUUUGCAGAAGCAUUGGAAAUCUACAAGAGAUUCUUCUUUAACAUUGACGAUCUGCUCUACCCUUUCUGGACCAACACACGAGUCAUCAACAGAGACUCGCCCUCGGCUGCGAUCGCUGUCAGUAUGAAUAUCUCGCUCUACUGGUCCGAGGACACGCCUGGAGUCAUGGUAGGACAGCCUCCCCCGGAAGCCAUGACUGGAACCUCACCAAUCGAAAGAAAUGAGAGCUGGAGGAAUUUGCUUUUGCCCUACCAUCCUGAGCAUGCGUUGGAACUGCACUGCUGUGGGUACGAUGUCACGGCACCCUUGUCGAGUACGUACACUCUGGGCGAUUUGGCAGAUGAGGCCAUCAGAGCGGGAAAGGCUCACUUGGGGGGUCUGGGAAGAGUGAUGUUGUAUGGACAGAACAGUUAGGAAUUGGAACUGUGAGGUGUCAUCCUUUGGUCUUUGUGCGUCGAGUACAUUCUCCUUCUGACAAGAGGCACUGCCUAUGACGUUCAAAGAACUCUCUACACCAAACCUGGCAGGACUAAGUUCUCUUCUCCAAUCCCUCCGAUUGACUUCUUCCAAGGACGGCGCCCACCUGCUCCCUGUGGUUGUGAAUCACGAGCAUCGCUUUGGGAUCGGCUGCAUACCUCUUCGAGAUCUUCAUUAGCCUCCCUCGUCCGGGUCACGCCUCUCACUGCGCGGGUUCGCUACAGUUGACAUGACACUUAGAGAAACCUUCCAUCUUGUGGGUCUAGAAUGUUCUCUGCUGGGCUGGGCUGGACUAACCUGAUCUGAACUGGACCGAAUUGAACUGUACGACGAAGGCUGGCGAGCCAGUUUCUUUCGGGUCAUAAUCAUCUUUGGCCUCCGGACCGAGUGUUCAACAUUGGCGAUUGGCAGCUUGGUGUACUUGCACAUCAGGUCUCGAAGAGUGGCGAAUGGGAAGAGCGGCGCUUUUGGGUCAAGAGAAGAAAGUUCUUCCUACGGAUGGGAGUGAAGAGAACUUAUCGCACAGGCCUUCUCGGUCUCCUGGGAUGAAGUGAGGAGAGGAGAGGUGGGGUUCAAGGAGGCAAGAAUCCGACUUACUAAGUUUUGGGUCCGAGUACCUGGUAAUUCACUGUAUGCGAGCUACAGUAGCUACGUGUAUGCUCAAAUCUAGGAUAUCAACUCGAUAUCA